AGGACCAGGGCAGAACAGAUCCGUGGAGGGCAGAAAUCAAGAGCUCAGUUUGGGACACAGGAACGCCGAGAAUCUCAUUCAAAUGGUUGGAUUCGUGAGUCUGGAAUUGAGGGAAGAGGCCAGGGUGGGAGAUGAAGCUGGGAUGGCAUCAGCAAAUGUGUGGUAUUUAAAGUCAUGGAUGGAUGAGCUCACCCAGGCAGAGGAUGUGGACAGAGGGUGCCUUCUCCAGGAGGGAGAAAUGGCCACAAGGUUGCUGCCAGCCCAAGCUCAGGAGUCUGUGACAUUCAGGGACGUGGCCGUGUUCUUCAGCCAGGAUGAGUGGCUGCGCCUGGACUCCGCGCAGAGAACCCUGUACCGGGAGGUGAUGCUGGAGAACUACGGCACCCUCGUCUCGCUGGGAAUCCUGUUUUCCAAACCAAAGGUCAUCUUCCAGUUACAGCAAGGGGAAGACCCCUGGAUGGUGGAAAAUGGAGUUUGUCAAGGCCCAUGUGUAGGUUGGGAGCGCUUGUUUGAAACUACAGUUUCUGAAGAAGAAAAUCAGGAAGUAAUGAAUAAACUCCUAGGUGACAGUCCUUUUGAUUUCAAGCCAGGGAAAGCCUAUAUAAAUGAGGACAAACUAGAGAAGCAACAAGGCAAAAAGAACAAACCUUUCAGGAAAGUCUUAGUCACCAUCAAAAACACCCACAUGAGGGAGAGGAGCUUUACAAGUAUUGAGCUCGGGAAAAAUGUCAGUCUGAAAUCAUCCCUUAUUAGAAAACCCAGACUCGUUUCCAGAGGAAGGAAACCCCAUUCCCAGCAGUAUUCAGUUCUCUUUAAACAACUGGGAGUCAAUACGGUGCGCAAAUGUUACAAAUGUAACCUCUGUGGGAAAAUCUUCCUCCACAGUUCUUCCCUGAGUAAACACCAGAGAAUCCACACCGGAGAGAAGCUCUACAAGUGCAAGGAAUGUCGGAAAGCUUUCAGCCAAAGCUCCUCUCUCACUCAGCACCUGAGAGUUCACACGGGAGAGAAACCUUACAUCUGCGGCGAAUGUGGGAAAGCCUUCAGUUUCACCACAUCCCUCAUCGGACAUCAGAGGAUGCAUACCGGAGAGAGACCCUAUAAAUGCAACGAGUGUGGCAAGACAUUUAAAGGAAGCUCAUCCCUGAAUAAUCACCAACGAAUUCAUACUGGAGAAAAGCCCUAUAAAUGUAACGAGUGUGGGAGAGCCUUUAGCCAGUGCUCAUCUCUUAUUCAACAUCACAGGAUUCAUACUGGAGAGAAACCCUACGAAUGUAGUCAGUGUGGGAAAGCCUUUACUUCAAUAUCGCGGCUAAGUAGACACCAUAGAAUUCAUACUGGAGAGAAACCCUUUAAUUGUAAUGAGUGUGGGAAAGUAUUCAGUUAUCACUCAGCCCUUAUCAUACAUCAGAGAAUCCACACUGGGGAGAAACCUUAUGCAUGUAAGGAAUGCGGGAAAGCCUUCAGCCAAAGCUCUGCUCUGAUACAGCAUCAAAGAAUUCAUACGGGAGAAAAACCCUACAAAUGCAACGAAUGUGGGAAGGCCUUCUCCUGGAUUUCACGGCUUAAUAUACACAAUAGAAUCCAUACCGGAGAGAAACCGUAUAACUGUAAAGAAUGUGGAAAAGCCUUCAGUUCUCACUCAGCGGUUAAUACUCAUCGAAAAAUUCACACUGGAGAGAAACCUUAUAAAUGUAAUGACUGUGAAAAAGCCUUCAACCAAAGCUCAGCUCUCAUUCAGCACCAGAGAAUUCACACUGGAGAGAAACCAUUUAGCUGUAAAGUAUGUGGGAAAGCUUUCCGACAAAGCUCAUCCCUUAUGACGCAUAUGAGGAUUCAUACGGGAGAAAAGCCGUAUAAAUGUAAAGAAUGUGGGAAGGCUUUUAGUCAGAGCUCAUCCCUUACCAAUCAUCAGAGGACUCAUACUGGAGAAAAACUAUAAAUAAAACACAUGUGGUGGAAAGUC